AAUAUUUAAUGUAAUCAAAUUUCUUUAAAUACCCUAAAAACGAAAGAAUAGUUUAUUAAUUUUUUUGUAAAUGAGUCCCGAGAUAUAUAGACGCCUGACUAUUAUGUUUCCAAAUAAAGAAAAAAAAAUUUUAAUGUGUGACUCGUAAUCAUAGGCUCCUGUUAUGAAACGGGGCUCAGAAUUUUAACCCGGACCUAGCCUCUCUCCUCUUGUUCACUAAUAUGGCUUCGCAAAUUUGCCUCUAUCUCUCAAACCAAAGCCCCUUCUCCUACAGAUACAAGCAUACCCAUUCCUCUACGAACUGCCCUUCCUUCAAACCCAAAGCUCGCCAACGCUUUCAGGAAAACAACAAUAUUCCCAACAAAGACCCACUGCUACAACCACUUCCCUUGAGCAAGAGACGGCUGAAUUUCUCAGCUCUUGCGCUAAUCUUCAAUGGGGUUUUGCAAGACAUUUCUAAAGCUUUGUCUGACAAAGAAUUGGAGCUUCAGAGAUACACCGAUGUCGAUGAGGGUUUCACUCUCCUCAGACCUUCUUCUUGGAUCAAGAUUGAGAAAGCAGGGGCAACUGUGUUGUUUGAGGAGGCAAACAAGGGAAGUAACAAUGUUGGGGUUGUUGUGAACCCGGUUCGUUUAAACAGCCUUGGAGAAUUUGGUACUCCUCAGUUUGUGGCUGAUAAGCUUAUACAGGCUGAAAAACGCAAGGAAAGCACAAAGGAUGCUGAGGUAAUUGGAGUUGCAGAGAGACCAGGUCAGGGAGGCUUACAAGUGUAUGAGUUUGAGUACAAGGUUGAUAGCACCAGGGGAGGAAUGAAGAGGAUCUUUUCAGCUGCUUUUGUGGCGUCAAAGAAGCUCUACCUUCUCAAUAUUGCUCAUUCAGACAAGCCCGAAAGUCCUCUUGAUACCCAUACAAGAGCAGUGCUGGAAGAGAUUCUUCAUUCUUUUGAUGCAGCACCUUCUACAUAACAUCACUGACCCAGUGUUCCUUGACACGAUGACUUCAUGCUUCUGCUUCAGUAUUUUAAGCCUGGAGCCUUGUCUACUAUGCACCCUUUUUAUUGAUAAAAAGAAACGAGAAAGGGAAGAAAAAAGAAAAGAAAGAAGAAUGGGUUCUUUUUUGAAUCAUGCCAAAAAAGGCAGAUCAGUGAUUCUGUGGGUUUUGUGCGGUGUAGGUAUUUGUAUACAACUAGAUGUUGCUCAAGCUUCUCCAUUGGUUUCCAUGGCAAGAAAAUGCAAGUCAUGCAACACCUUACAUAUGAGCUUUGUUUAAGCUUCUGGUCUUACCAAACUAUAUUAUGAUCAGGUAAAUAUGGCAGGUCAAUGAUAUUCUCAGCUGGGAUCUGAACAGUGAAAAAUCAUUAUUUAUUAUCCUUUCAAAGUGAGGCAAAUUAUUUGAGAAUCACCCUUAGUAAUAAAUUUAAUGCUUCAUGUUGGUAUUAA